GCUCGGCGCGGUGUGGGGGCGUGGUUAGCUAGCCUGGUGCCCCCGCCCCCCGGCACGGCUGUAACGGUCGUCGACUCCGUGCGCGUCCGCGCCGCGAGACAGUGAGAGCUCGAGAGCCGAGCGGAGCCAGUUGACUGGAAUAGCUGUGAUGGCCACCCUUGAGAAAUGCCCAGACCUGAGGUUCCAGCAGACAAGUCCAACAGACUCUAAUACAGGUCAAAAGAGCUGUUCUUUGGAGACCGACUGGAAAACCCCAACUCUGUCUGUGAAGUUCCAGAGUCGCUUUGGUCACUGUUCAAGUAUGGCUGACAGUGGGGAUACAGCAAUCGGGACCUCCUGCUCAGACAGCACAGAGGAAUUUUGGAAUUCCAGUAGCAGUUCCUCGUUUCAGCCCAUCAAAACCCAAGUGACCAUCCCCACAGCCCAUGUCAUGCCUUCUACGUUGGGUACGUCACCCGCCACGCUCUACUCAACAGGUGAGCCGAGCUCUUUGCAGAGUGCCCCAGUUUCAUCCAAACCAGCUGUACCAAGAUCGUCCACUGAAAAUGGAGGGCUGACAAGAAGUGGAGGUUUUACUGCUGUGAAAUCCUCUCAAGUGGAUCUCUUGCAUCUCUACGGGACGUCUGGGGGAAAUGGUUUUGAGCAGUCCUGGUUUCCUGUUUCUGAUCAUCUGAGAGCGGAAGACACUCGAAAAUUUGACACUCCUGCCAUUGAGCCUACCCUUAAUCAAUCUGGUUUGCUGGAUACGCUGCAUGCUGACCCGGCCCACAAGUUCCAGGAUCCAAGCUUGAUUUCCACUUACAAAGUGCUGCCAGAGACUAAACCAGCAACAGGGGCCAGUGAAGCCUGUGAGCCGCGAAAUGGUACUUGGCCCACUGGGAGCAGACUGAUGCCAUUGGGAUUUCAGCCCAAUAACGUCUUUUCGAAACCAAUGGUGGCUCAGUCUCAGGUGUGGAGGCAGGAGCCUUGCACUUUGCAUCCACAUCAGAGGGCCUGUGAACUCAGUGCUUGGAGGCAGCAGCUGGACAACAUACGGUUGCAAGUAGAACAGAUGCAGUUACAAAAUGGAUCGGCGGCUUGCCACCAGCCUUCAAUGUAUGCUACUUCACUGCACUCCACUGAUCCAGCCCAAUGGGUCAGUAUCCUGAACACCAGUGAGAAUCUACUUAAGGAAAAAGAGAUCCUCAUUGACAGGCAGAGGCAGCACAUCUCCCAGUUGGAGCAGAAAGUGCGUGAGAGUGAGCUGCAGGUUCACAGUGCUCUUCUUAGCUGUGCUGCCCCCUAUGGAGAUAUUUGCAUGUUGAGAAUGCAGGAGCUGCAGCGGGAGAACUCGUUCCUGCGAGCACAGUUUACUGAGAAGACUGAAUCCCUCAGUAAGGAAAAGAUUGAACUGGAGAAGAAGCUGGCUGCUUCAGAGGUGGAUGCGAAACUGAUUCGGGAGACACUGAAGGAGACCGUGCAGAAGCAUGCAGAAGAAUUGAAGAAACAAGAAGAGAGGGUAAAGGGAAGAGACAAACACAUUAACAGUCUGAAAAAGAAAUGCCAAAAGGAGUCUGAGCAAAACCGGGAGAGACAGCAGAGAAUUGAGACCCUGGAGCGCUACCUGGCUGAUCUGCCAACGUUGGAGGAUCAUCAGAAACAGAAUCAGCAGUUAAAGGAAUCGGAACUGAAGAGUUCUGCUCUGCAGGAAACCGCGACGGCGCUGAAGAGAGAGCUUGGAGAUGUCCGGGCUGCCUGCAGAGAGCAGGAGAUGCAGCUAGAAACACAAAAACGCAAAGAACUGGAGUUGCUUUCCACUGUUCACAGCUUGCAGGACAGAGUGCAGCAGUGUGUGAAGAGUGCAGGCAGAGGGUCACCUGUCCAGGAGGUGGAGAAACAGAAAUCAGAAAAUGAUUCUCUGCAGAAAGACUGUGAUUGUCUCAGGAAGAUUGUGGACAAACAGCAGAAGAAGAUGGAGCAGUUGUCUUCACGAAUAAAGGUGAGAGGUGUGAAUGCUGAAGGUCUGGGAACUCUGGAGCAUCGAUAAGAUAUGUUGAACUAACUUCUCUCCCUGGGUCUGCUGCAGAGCCUGGAAGAACAGGUGUCGCAAGAAGAGGGGACAAGUCAGGCUCUGAAGGAGGAGGCAACGCGAAGAGAAAACGCACUGCAGCAGCUACGCACUGCCGUGAAAGAGCUUUCAGUGCAGAACCAGGAUCUGAUUGAGAAGAAUUUGACC